UUUUUAUUAAUUAAUGAAAAAGUACUUGAGUGCAAUAAAUCGUUAAAUUUGGAUGACUUUUGAUAGAAAAACGAUGGGGGAGCAACCAAUUUUUACGUGCCAAGCUCAUGUUUUUCACAUUGAUCCCAAAACGAAGAGGACAUGGAUAACGGCGAGCACGAAAGCCAUUUCAGUGAGUUUCUUCUACGAUUCGUCCAGAAAUUUGUACCGAAUUAUCAGUGUCGAGGGGAGCAAGGCCGUAAUAAAUUCAACAAUCACCCCAAACAUGACUUUUACACAAACAUCACAAAAGUUUGGACAGUGGAGUGACGUUCGUGCCAAUACAGUUUAUGGCUUAGGAUUUGCAUCAGAGGCCGAAUUAGGAAAAUUUAUUGAAAAGUUCCAGGAGGUCAAAGAAGCAACCAAAAAUGCUCUAGCUAAAGGACCACCGAGUGCAAUCACACCCGUGACAUCAGCCAAUGCUUCGCCAGUUACAGGAAGGUCAUCUGUAUCGCAAAAUGACUACGACAGUUCAACUGUUGAACCACCACCAAAUAUGAAACAACUCGAAAGCCCAUCCCACACAAGCACCAUUAGCAACGUGUUAAAAAGUGGCGAGCACGGGUCCCUAUCCGCCAAUUCAUCAACAGACAUGUCGUCCGCCGACCAACUCAAGUACGAAAAUGAAAGGCUCAAACUAGCAUUAGCUCAAAGCUCCGCUAACGCGAAAAAGUGGGAAAUCGAGUUAGCAACGUUAAAAAGUAAUAAUAUGAGAUUGACGAGUGCGUUACAGGAGUCAACAGCCAAUGUAGAUGAAUGGAAACGUCAACUGCAGCUGUAUAAAGAAGAAAAUCAAAGACUAAAAUUACGUUAUCAGGAGCUUGAAAAUGCAAAAACCGGUGGAACUGGAGUCGUACCCGAUGGCAUUGUGUCCGAAGAGUUGAGAAGGGAAAUCGGUUUGCUAAAGAACCGAAUUGAGGAUCUUGAGAAAGAACUAAUGGCACAAGAAAAAGAACUGCAGGCAGCUAACAAAAGUUUAAAGGAUAAAAAUAACGAUCCGGUGAUGAAACAAUUGUCGAAUUUAGUGUCUCAAUUUUCGAUGCAUGUCGGUGAACUGAAUAAUGUACAAAAAGAAAUGGACAAAAUCAUGCAACAACAAAGAAACACUUGAGACGUCAAAGGAAACACGAACAGCGGCGGCGGUGUUGGUGGCAGCAGCAGCAGUAACAAUAACAAUAACAUAAUUAACAUUCACGCAACAGCAGCAUACA